AUGAGCCUGAAAAUACUCAACAAUUUGUUUACUGCAGAAAUUUUUCAAGAAUUUGCCAUUCAGGAGGAAUCUGUGAUGUUCCGGAUCAAUUUGGCUGUUCUUCUUGACUGCUUGACCAUUUUUGGUGCAAGUUCUCUGCCUGGAACAUCAACAGCCCUUAGGAUGUGUUAUCGUGGUUAUGGCUAUCCCUUGAUACUGUUCUUAGAAGAAGGAGGGGUGGUGACAGUGUGCAAAAUUAAUACUCAAGAACCUGAGGAGUUGUUAGACUUUGAUUUCUGCAGUACAAAUGUUGUUAAUAAAAUUAUCCUGCAGUCAGAGGGGCUACGAGAAGCAUUUGCUGAAUUAGAUAUGACCAGUGAAGUUCUGCAGAUUACCAUGUCUCCAGACAAGCCCUAUUUCAGGUUAUCCACUUUUGGAAAUGCAGGGAGUGCACAUCUCGAUUAUCCCAAGGACUCUGAUUUGAUGGAAGCAUUCCACUGUAACCAAACCCAGACAAACAGGUAUAAGAUUUCUUUGCUUAAACCAUCCACAAAGGCACUAGCUUUAUCUUGUAAAGUGUCCAUUCGAACGGAUACUCGAGGAUUUCUUUCACUGCAGUAUAUGAUUAGGAAUGAAGAUGGACAGAUCUGUUUUGUAGAGUACUAUUGUUGCCCUGAUGAGGAUGUUACUGAAGCAGACCUGUAGCUGUGUGUUUUGGAGUCUGUAUUUUAUUUAUGUAUAUAUAACAUUAUGUAUUUUUUUUGUGAAACUGAAUGAAACUUGUAAAGAUUGGUAGACUUGAUAUUGCCAUUUUUUUUUUAACUAUGGAAUUAAAAGUAUGAAGACUUCUCUUGUAUUCUCCUGCAAAUGUUUCUUAGCCUUGAUGCAGAAAAAUUAGCUCUAAAAGUAAAAAGGGUCUGUUGAACCAGAUGCAGAUGCUGUGAGAGACUGAAGUCUUCCAGCUUGCUGCUGUGAGUUGUGAUCCAGAGAAUCAGUGAUCCAUAGGUAAUUCUUACAGUUUUAGAUUGUAGCUGAGCUUUGAUGUUUGUCAGAAGAUGAGGUCCUUCCUUGCACACUUGAAAAACAGUAUGUUUGUAUUUUACCAAAUUGUUUUCUCCACAAUUCAAUAGUAUCCAAAUCCUCUAGGUUUAUUUUGAGUUAAAAAUGCUUCUGUUGGACCAUUGUUCACCUCUUGCUUACAUCAGCAAUUAAUUCAAACCGAAUUUAAAUAUUCGGUACGUGUUAAUUUUCCUUAGGCUUACCAUCUCAAUUUAUUGAGUGAAAAAAAUUAAUGUUAUCGCCUCACUGAGAAUUAUUAUCUUUGCCUAUUGAGUGUUAAGAAUGAUUGGGUACUUCUCUGGAUGACGGGAUAAAAAUGGAACUGAACUCA